GGGGGUAGUGCUGCUAAAGCGGAGGGCGGGAUCAGCGCGACGCAGGAGCGACACCGCAGACGCCCGAGGAAGUGUCAGAAAUAAACGGGGGAAUAAUAAUAAUAUAAAAAAGGAGCAGACAAAGCGAACGAUGGCCGACCUGACGCUGAGCGAUGCUCUGACUGAUAGUGCUCCACCUGUUGAGGAGAAAGUAGUGGAGAGGGACUUCAUUGCCACACUGGAGGCGGAGACCUUUGAGGACAAGGUCGGGGAAAGCGUGGACAAGACCGACUACAUCCCACUAUUGGACGAUGAUAAAAAGGCAGAAACAGGUGCAGUGUUGGAGAAUGGAGAACAGAAUGCCCAUGAGGCACCUAAACCUGGCACUGUAGGUUUCUCAGGGAUACCAGGGGAACAUAUUUCAGUGUCAAAGAAGGAAGUGCAGCCACAUCUAAUUGAUCAGCAGGCCUUGGUGUCCGACUUUCUACCAGGCUCUAUGGCUGGGUUUCCUGAUCACUGGGGUGCCCAGUCUCAGCCUUCUCAAAUGAUGGACACUGGAUUCAUGGGAACUUUCUCAGGUUUCUCUCAGCCAAUGGGAUUGGGAACAAACAUGGAUAGUGGAGUUGCAUCACUCCAAUCAGAAAAACCUUCAAGCAUUGCAGACACCCAGCAACCACUGCUGGCGACAGAGGCAUCUAUAACACCUAAGAACACUUUGGACUUGUCUGCAGGUGUCUUUGGUGAUCGCUGGCCAGAUGAUGCUGGCAUUCCCUCUGACCUGCCCUUCACUCCCAGUGUUUCUACUGUGAUCAGUCGCCAUGCAGGUCAUCUAACAGAGAGCCAGAAAGAUGCCCCUGGGCAGCAGUGGUCCAUUAGAGAUAGUGGUCUAGGGGACAGGGAUGAAAGAGAACAUGAGGGAACUGAUCACAAAAAAGAGAAGAAGAAGAAGAAAAGGAAGCCUAAGGAUGAAGUCUUUGACCAAAUAGAAAGUAAGAGCAAGCUGGAAAUGCAGAGUGAGAACAUCAAUCUGCUUGAGGGAUCCCAUCAAGUGUUGACACACAAGGAACGUGAUCGAGAUGAAGGCUGGCAGCAUCAGGAUGUCAGUCGGGCUGGUGGAAGGAUCAAGAAGGGCAAAAGCCGUAAGAAGAUUCCAGAAGAAUGGGCAAUUCAUGCAGAGCCUUUUGUCCCUGCUUCAUCACUAAUGUCUCAGGAUUAUGGAACUGAAUUAACAACUUGUCCGAUACCUGGAGACAUUCAAGCAAGCGGCCAAAGCAUGAUCUCUUUCACUGAGGAUUACCCUGAUGAGGGCCUCAUGCCAUCCUCGCUUGCCAGUGAUCUGCUUUCACUUACAGCGAGUUCUCCACCAGCACCAGCGGAUGCCAGCCUUGCCGCUCACUCAGCAACAUCCCACUGUGACGGACCAGGUUUUUCACCCACAAGCCACUUGUCCAUGUCAUCUGGUUUUCAUGAUAUAAUUAUGGAGAUGGAUACUGUUGACAUGGGGAUUACCAAAGAAGCCUUUGCACUUCCUUUAGCAUUGGGUAAAACAGAUCCUCAUAUUUCAGGAAUAGAUCCUCAGUGCUUUGUGCCUGGUGAGGGAGCCUAUGAAGGGGUCAUGCCUGAGCAAGAGCCAUCCUUCAUUGACCCAAUAAUAGGAAGCCAUGUUUUGGCUAAUUCCCCUGUUGUUGAGCCCUUGAUAUCUACUCCGGGUAAGACUGGUUUUGGAUCAUCUAUGGAAGCUUUGAUCUCAGCUCCUCCAUUCUCGCCAUCUCAAACUGCUUGGUCUCUUAAUGGCUCAAACCUAAACAACCAAAGCGAGGUCUUUGACAUCUCAGCUACCACCUAUGAGCCACCUAUGCCAGCACCUUUACAGUCACCAAAAAGCCAAACACCGAAAGAGGUCAAGUCAAAGCAAAACAGGAAGACCCGUUCAUCCUCAUCAAAGAGUCCAACAUCAUUGGAAGCAAAACUGCCCUCUCCACAAAAUUCUGGUUUGAACCCCGCUGCUCCACCAUUCUUCCCUAGCUUUGCUGAACCUCGAGAAAAUGUGACAGACCUGCCUGCCAUGCAGCAAGUCAAAACCGAGAAAAUCCAGCCAGAGGUGGAGAAAAUGGAGAACCUGGAGAAGUCUGAUGUGUUCAGCAAAGUGGACAAGAUGGACAAGAUUGAGAAGCCUGACAAGCCUGACCAGGUGGUCAAAGUCGAAGAGACCGAAAUAAAAGACAAAAAGGACAACAAGGAUAGUAGCAACAAGCAAGAUACAUCUAACAAGGUAGACAAGGUACAGAAGGAAGAUAUAAAAGACCUAAAAGAAAUCAAGGAAACUAGUGAAAAGCAUGAUACAUUUAACAAAGAGGCCAAAGUUGAAGAGACUCAACUUUGUGAUGAUAAGUCAAUCAAAGCCGAUCAAUUCGAGCAGCCUGACAAAACAGAAAAUAUGCAGAUACCUGACAAAACUGAUACGAGUAAAAAAGCUGAGGAUUUAGAGCAAGUUGAGAAAAUUGACCUGAAAGCUAGUGAAGGUAAGAUAGAUCUGUCCCCAAAGAUGGACACGGAGGUGAAAGUGGAAAAUGUAGAAAAAGUAGAGUUGAAAGCUGAAGCUACCAAAGUUGACAUAAGUAAAACAGACGAGGACAAACAUGAGAAAGAAAAGCAGGAACCGAAGCUAGAUGAGAAGGACAAACAUGAGAAAGACAGGCCUGAUCAGGAGCAAGAAAAAGACAAAGCUAAAACCGAGGUUGCCGAUUCAGGCAAAGAUGGAGCCCCAAAAACGAAUGCUGUGGAGGAGACAAAGCUGUCUGAGAAACUUGGAAAACAGGAGAAAACAGCAAAAGCGGGAGGUGAGGUGAAAAAGGAACCAGCUGCCAAAGCAGACAAAGAAGAUAAAACUGAAAAGGCCAAAAAAGCAACACCGAAGUCUGUGGCUACUAAUGGAGCCAAAACUGCACCCGGAAAAGACCUGCCUAGUCCAGAGAAGAAAACCAAGCCUGCUACCACGACAACCAAACCGAGCAUGACCAAGUCCCGGCCAAUUACGGCUAUGACUGCUCCUAAACGCCCAACCCCAGCCCCUACCUCCACAACCACCGCCUCUGCUACCCUCAGCAAAAAAGCACCCAUGCCCAAGGCACCCACACCCACGGCUGGCACCAAGCGUCCUGCUUCGGCUGCCAGCCGUUUAGCCACUGCAGUGCCCAGUGAGGUCAAACCUAAGUCGGCCACAGAAUCAUCAGUGCCAAAGUCCCAUGCUGCUCCACCCCGGUCCACAGCCUCAAAGAAUGGUACGUCUACCACAGCAGCGAACAAAACCACCACUUCAAGUGCCCUCGCGGCACGCCGCUCUCUGGCUACAAAGACUGAGAACAAAACAGGGGAGGAGAAGAAACCAAGUACUCUGAAGACAACGGACUCCAGCAAGCCCAAAUCUACAACUGCCAGACCUUCCACCCUCACCAGUAGCAGCACAGCCCGCACCCGUACCACUAAACCUGCCACGACCACUAACAGCACGACCAGCACAGUGCCAGAGAGGAAGCCUCCUGUUCCCCGUGCCCCUCGAGCCAGCUCCUCUACAACAACAACUAGCACCACCACCAGAACCAGUAGCCGCCCAGCAACAGCUCCAGCUCCCGAAAUUAAAAAUAUCCGUCCUAAGAUUGGCUCUACAGAUAACAUCAAACACCAGCCUGGAGGAGGCAAGGUCACAGGUUCUCAAAGCAAGACGGAUGCUCUGGCUCAGGGCUCGCUCUCCAAAGAGACCAGCCAGGGCAAAGUUCAGAUAGUCUCCAAAAAGGUGGACUACAGCCAUGUUACGUCUCGCUUGGGUUCCAAGGACAAUAUCAAGCAUGUCCCUGGUGGUGGGAAUAUCCACAUUCUCAGUAAGAAGGUUGAUGUGAGUAAAGUGACUUCAAAGUGUGGCUCAAGGAGCAAUAUCAAGCACAAGCCAGGAGGUGGAGAUAUAAAGAUUGAGUCUCAUAAAGUGAACUUCAAAGACAAAGCCCAGUCAAAGGUGGGCUCCUUGGAUAAUGUCAGCCAUGCACCAGGAGGAGGGAACAUUAAGGCUGAGGGGCAACAGGAGACAGUUGAGGGCAGUGGGGCUACCUCUAGUGGCUCAGCCGGCCCAGCCCAGGAGAAUGGGCUGAAGGAGGGCACUGCAUGUGGGGGCGAGGCACUCCGGGACCCCCAGGGCCUGGAUUCUCUCAUCCCUGAAACAAAUUGAAUCUUUCAAACUCAACUUCCGCGAGAAAGCCCGCUCUCGCACGGACCACGGCGCUGACAUCAUCACCUGGCCCGUCGUGGGUGACAGCCCCGCCCACCCCCAUCCGCUCCGCAGCAGUGUUUCAUUCAACGACUCGUUGGUGACGGCCCGCUUGCCUCGCUCCUCCA